GAACUGCUUCCUGCUGUCUUCAUUGCCCUGGUCUCUCGAAAUAACCAGGAGAGUCAUCUGCGUCUAAGAGAGCUUGUUGACUUUGUGCCUUGGAUCCCAAAAAAUGAGCCUUACGUUAACAAGGUCAGACAGCUCUGCGUCCUCCCAGACAUCUUCGUUUUCAUUUUUACCAGAUUUCCUAGAGAAAAGCGAACCCGGCUCUUUCAAUUCCUCGAGUCGCAUCUUGGUCUUCCCAUCGAGCAGAUAGUUCGACUUAACGAUAUCUCUCGUACAUUGCAUCAAUUGGUGUUACGCCUCAGAGAUGUUCCUUCCUUUCCGGACAAAACAGAGCUAGCAAGCACUAAAAAAAGUGAUCUUAACCGAAAAACUGAGAUUAAUUAUCAAUAUAACCAGGCGGCUCGUGUAUUAGCUGCCACAGAAUUGCUGCCAUCAGUUGACCCUUUUAUUUCCUCAACUGGAGCCCUUGACGGCCUUCGUUGGCUGCUCGAUAAGACAUCUUCGCCUCCUCUACCACCUGCCCCUUCAUCCUCGACAGCCGCUUUUUCGGGCUCUUCAGGCGGCCCUCGAUCUUGCUCCUCCCAAGCAUACAUUGGGGUCACCGAUGAAGCUAUCGGGUCACGGAUGCAACGCGAGCAAGCCAGAGCGUUUGCAGCAGGCAAAUCCGGUUGUAACUUGGUGGCCAAUCCACCAGUAGGUCGGCUUUCUCAGGUUACUUCACCUGGUGAAAGAGACAAUCAAAAAUUGGCCGACUUUCUGAGCCAACACGUUUGCGGCAUUUUGGCCUUCUUCGACAGCCGCCUUUUGGAGAGUGAAGCUACUAGUAGUCUGACUACUGACCUGACAAAUUUAGUUACCUCAACUGACCGUGUCAAUAGUGGACACGUACCCAAUCCGCCCUGUCCUCUUGUCGUUGGCCCUCAAUGUGGCAACGUACCAUGUAGCGCCAUACUUAGUCGAUCUCUCUCUCGUAGCGUUUUGCCAGUCGACUUUGGUCAGGCUUGGCUUCCAUCAGCUAGGUUACCUUUUCAUACAGUCGGUCACUCUAAUGCCACGAUCUCUAAUUUGGGAGUCUGCAAGUUCUCUGGCCUUGAACGAGCCCUCAGCUUCUCUCCUAACCUUUACUUUAAUCCAACUGUCUCUGUUUGCCAGAGAAAAGAUUCAGCACAGUACAUGCAAAGUCUUCACAAACAACGUGUCGCUGAUGCUGAAUACCUUUUGCUGCCACAUUUGGAUGAGGAACGCCUGCUUGCUCUGGAUAGCCUCAUCGGGCUGAUGCGGUUACUGGGACCAAAGUACGUGACACGCAUGCGCGCUAAGUUCGUGGCAACCCUUAAGUAA